AUGUCGGUCCAGGAACAGGUCACGCUCUCCAACUUCUCCAGCAUCUUCUCCCUCGAGGGCAAGGUCGCCGUAGUAACGGGCGGCUCCCGAGGACUGGGACUCCAUGCAGCAUCAGGUCUUCUUCAAGCCGGCUGCUCCAAAGUCUACAUCACCUCCCGCAAGGCGGCAGCCUGCGAGGAAGCCGUCGCAGCUCUCAAUGCUAUCCCCAACAAGCGCCCUGGCGCACAGGCCAUCUCUGUGCCAGCCGACAGCUCAGACAUGAAAGAGCUAGAUCGACUUGUUGCCGAAGUGGCCAAGACCACAGAUCAUGUCGAUAUCCUCUUCGCCAAUGCAGGCGCAACAUGGGGUGAGAAGUUCGACACUCACCCUGAGAAGAUGUUCUCGAAGGUUAUGGAUUUGAACGUGAAGAGUGUGUUCUACACUAUCCAGAAAUUCACUCCCCUCCUCACAGCUAAGGCGACGCUGACUGAUCCAUCCCGGGUCAUUAUCACUGCUUCCGUGGCAGGUAUUGGUAUCGGCUCAAUUGGCGAGAACGCAACCCCCUCUUACUCUGCCUCCAAGGCGGCUGCUAUCCACCUCGCGAAGAACUUAGCUGUCGAGCUUGGCCCGCGCCAUAUCUUGACCAAUGCUAUCGCCCCGGGGUUCUAUCCCUCCAAAAUGGCUUCAGGACUUAUUGAGGCAAAGGGUGGCUUUAAACAGAUGGAGGAAUUCUCGCCCAAUGGUCGCCUUGGCAGGCCUGAGGAUAUCGCUGGUUUGGUGGUUUUCCUCGGGUCCAGGGCUGCGAGUCACCUGAACGGAGCAGUCAUUGCGACAGACGGUGGAGCUGUUCUGAAGGGCAGACUGUAG